AUUGGUCUGGACAAUAUGAAUGGCAAAAUGUAUUGUUCGACGUCUUCCCAAAGAGCAGCAACUUUGCGGUUCUCUAACUUAAGGCGAGUCCGUUAAAUUCGUUUGUUUGGUCGAUUUUGCUUGAAAUUUCAUCGUCAAAAGCGCCACGAGUUAAAGAAGACAUGGAGAAGAUUUAGAGAAGUGUUCAAUCUGGUUAAUUUGUCGUCGAACGGAGUCAACUGUUGAGCACUAGUGUUGGUGUGUAAGGGAAGAGCCUGCCCUGGAGAUGGGGGACCGGGAGCCUCCAGUGUCUGGGUCCCUGGAGGAAGAGCUGGAGUACUGGAAGGAGCAGGCUGCCAAGCACCAACAGAGUGCAGAGGAAGCUCAGGAGGAAUUGCAGGAGUUCCAGCAGAUGAGUCGGGACUACGAGGUGGAGCUGGAGACAGAGCUGAAGCAGUGUGAGGCACGAAACCGCGAGCUUCUGGCUGCCAACAACCGGCUGCGCAUGGAACUGGAAAACUAUAAGGAUAAGUAUGAGACGCAGCACUCUGAGGCCUGUCGGCAGAUCUCCAGCCUGGAGGGAGACCUGGCUGAGACCACGGCCGUCCGAGACCAGCUUCACAAAUACAUCAGAGAGCUGGAGCAGGCCAACGACGACCUGGAGAGGGCCAAGAGGGCGACCAUCAUGUCACUGGAGGACUUCGAGCAGAGGAUGAAUCAUGUCAUAGAGAGGAACGCCUUCCUCGAGAGCGAGCUGGACGAGAAGGAGAACCUGUUAGAGUCUGUCCAGAGACUGAAGGACGAAGCCAGAGACCUGAGGCAGGAGCUCGCCGUGCAGCAAAAACAGCAGGUACAGGAGAGGAAACCGUCCCUCAGCAGUGCAGCCAAAGACUCUUCUUCAUCAGCGUCAUCCUUCUCGGCUGGGCUGCCCACACCUCCUCUCACCCCGUCAGACAAAAGAACAGAAGACAAACCCGCGUCUUCGUCGUCUAACCAGCCCCUUCCCUCUGCCGCCACACCGUCCAGACCCCCGCCUCCACAGAGCCCUUCAGCACCCCGCAGCCCCCUGUCAGCAGAGGUCAGUCUAUGGGAAAGCCUGUCUGGGACCCCUCUCACCACGUCGGCAAGGAUCUCUGCUUUGAACAUUGUUGGAGAGCUGCUGAGGAAAGUCGGGAGUCUGGAGUCCAGGCUGGCAUCGUGUCGGGAAUAUGUUCAAGAGCAGACGGUGAAUCGCAGAGCCCACGCUGGUGGACAGGGGGCAGCAGCGGGUCAGAGCAACUCCUCAGAGAGCCAUCCAACCAACGGCCUCUACAACAAGGGGCUCGUUAAGAGGUUGGAUUUAGGAGCUGGAUCCAAGCUGCUGCUGUGAAAGUAAAAAUGCUGCUCGGCCCGUCGUCUCCGUCCACCCCGGGUCUCCCGAACGUCACACAGGUAUCGCCCUUGUCGCCUCUUCAGGACACAGACUACAGAAGCUCUGUGGACACGUUACUCCAGACACGUCGGGACUUCUUGUUUGUUCGUUAACAGGACUCUUUUCAGCACUCGCACUUGGCUUUGAACUAAUCUACUGGACCCUCUUAGCUCCUUUUGUUUGGAUCUUCUUGUUUUUCCCUCUCCCUCUAAAGUUUUGUUCAGAUUCAACACAAAGCGAGCUUUAGAGGCGUCUGAUGGCUGAACACUGGACGGGCACCUUUAUGCACAUACCGGGGAAAAACUGCCUUUAAACCUCCCGACAGUCAAAAAGCUUCCACCAUCAGGAUGGUCUCUGAUUUCACACAGAGAGGAGAUGAUAAGCACACGUGGUGGCCUAGAAAAAUGAUAUGUUUACACAUUUUUACAGACUGAGCAGAGACUUUGACCCUACAUUACUUAGGGCUGGGCAAUGUGUCGAUUUGGUAAAUACGUCGAUAAUUUUCCAAAAAUACACGGUUUACUUCUACACAUAGUGUGAAUAAUGACUUGAAAUUUAACGGUACAUGUUAACUUAAUGUUUGUAGUAGCAGGGAACUUGAGGAGAGGGAAAUCGCUCCAGACUUCGUUAACAAAAACACAUUUUUACUUCAGAUCCAAACUGACUGCAGGGUUUCUGGCGCUGUGCUACAACCAUGCCCGAAGCUGCUGGGAUUAAUGGCUUUUUCUAGCAAAACCUCCACAUUUAUUAUAGUAACUAAAGCUAAACUAAGUGGCGGUCCAAGUCAACUACCAAAGGCCCAUCUACCCCGGAGGUGUUUCCCAAACUUCCACGUUUAUUAGAAUAUUAAUAAUAAAAACUAUUGAACGACUAACUCUGCCAGUAACCAGGAAAAGCCUCCAGUAACAUGAACUAAUGAUGAGCAGCUUCUGCUCUGGCAGGUAAACUUCCUGUUUUUGUGAAUGGAGUCUGGUGGAGCGUAGCAGCUUCAUGUUUUACCACAAAGAGCAACUGUGAAAAGUCUUCCAAGCAGAGCUUCCACUUAAACCCACAGUGACUGAACCUCAAACAAGCCGCGUUUAUGUUCAACAGCAGAACGAAAGGUGGAAGCAGACGGUUGGUUAGCAGUCAUGUGACCACUCAGGAUGUAAUGUGUAUUAAUUGUUUUGUCCAUAUUGCCCAGCUCUAACAUGACUGAAGAUUUUACUGCUGACUGAGGCAGCAAAGCUCAGAAGAAAUAGUGUUGUUACCUUUGACCUUUUAUAAGGAAGUCACACACAGCCCGGUCACGGAAAGGUGACGUGAGGGGAUUAAAAAAACUCUUCUUUUUUUUUUUUGAAGGAUCUUGUGACACCAGGUGACCAUUUUUGGAUGUAUCUGUCAAAGGUGUCUAAAUGUGUUUAUAAUGAUUAAUUGAAUGUGAGAAGUUGGCUCCUCUGCAGCUUCAUGUGGCUCUUUGGCCUCGUUCUCUGUGGUUCACUCUUUGCCUUCUGGUUCUCGGGCAGUUCUCCAUGAAUUUCAGUUUAGUUUGUCAAAGAUGGCCGAUGCUUUUCUCUCCCUGUGACUGAGCUGAGUGUCAGAGGAAGUCUGGAAAAGUACCACUGUAGAGGUUUAGGAUGCUGACGUUUGUCCAGUUUUUUUGGUGUUUUCAGAUGAAUUGGUUUUCUGAGAUGAUCUGAAGUUUUUGCAGUCCUGAUCACAAUCCCAGUCACUGCUUGAUCUUAAUAGCUAAACUCAAACUAAAACCCAAACGUAAGAUGAAAUAAGUCGGUGUUGAUGAGGUUCUGUGAAAGAAAAAACCUUUCAGUGCCUUAAAUUUGGUAAAUGUCCCCUUAAAAUUUCCUUUUUUAACCCAUCGACCUUUAUAGCCCAUAAACGUGAUGAAGCUAGAAAAGAUUACGGUGUUCAAUCCACCUCAAACGGUUUUGAUUGGCUUAAUUAUGGAGUUAAAGAUCAGCUCAGGAGUUUGUCUGAUUGUAGAGGAAGGAGUGUUUCCUCACAGAUGAAGUUUAUUUGUGGCUGUCUGUCCACACAUGUGGCGUUCAUAAUUCUGUCAUCUACAAUUAUUUCAUGAAGACUAACCGAUGGACAUAAUGAGCUGGUCCAUCUCCACCCUCCUGGACUGUAACUGGUAGUUCUUGUUCUCAGUGUAGUGCAGCGUAAACCGGUUCUUCACCACUUUGCUGUUUUUAGCUGUCAGUCCGACUGCAUGAUGAAACUUUCUGACACUAAAGAAUCGAAGAAUCUUCAUAUGAAAAUCAGCAGUUUAUUUAACCGUGACGGCCAACGAGACGAGGAAGAGUCCAGACCAUAGUUGGAAUAAAGUUUCAGUAGCAUGUUUUCAGAGUUUAACAGGAAGUCUUCCUUUUCUCCACAUCCUCCAAGUUAAGCUGAGUAAUGCCAGGAGGUGUCAGGAGAAUCUCAGCUGAUCGGCUGAAAUAUUUUUACCUCCAUUCAUGUCACCCAGCUCAAAAUUUAGUCUCCUUCUUUGCAUAAACUUUGAUUCUUUUUUCUGUGAACGCACUAACUAAUAACGCUCAGAUGAAGAAGAUGAACCCAAUAAAACCGGUUUUAUUUCUCUCUGUGGUGGAAACUUUAGGAAAGAUUAGCCGUGGAUAUUCAUCGUUCCCGGAUGAUGAUUGCUAAUGAUUCUGGAGACUUCCCUUCAGACCAAAGUUUAUACUUAAAAUGUCUCACUUAAAUCACCAGAUCGACAUGAAAUUUACAGGUAACAUUAAUGCCUCUAACAGGGUGAGCCUUUAUAACUUAUUGUAAAUUCCUGCAUUAAAAAAAAAUCUACUUAUUAACCUUCCAAAAUGAACCAAAGCUACUGACAGAAUGUGAAUAACUGCUAUAAAUUUAUGCCCAAAUUGUACCAGGAUAGAGUGCAGCAGGUCUGGGAAACAGCCGCAACAUCUGGUGAAACACUGCCCCCUGCUGGUGAAAGAGUGCAGACGGUAGUUACAAAAAGUACCUCUGACGACCCUCAGGAUAUUUCAGAUGAGCUUUUAUGCUUAGAAAACUGUUUGUUCCGUCCGUUUGAUGUUAUAGUUAACUUGUGUAGAUGUUAGAUGAUUCUAAUGGAGGUUUGUGAGAUCUGUGUGGCAGGCAGGUAGUUUAGGCACUUUUUAGUCUGUGGAGACGUUUGUUAGAUCCCUCUGCAGGGCUACUUCUCUUUCCAGGAGUGAAAUCUGGAACAUCUUCUGUUUCUGAGGAGAUUCGAAUACUUCAGUGAAGGCUACUUGUGUUUUAUGUUAAAAAAAAGUAUGUCGUAGUGUUAUCUACUCACUGUAGGGUCACUAAAAUGUAGGAUGAGGAUGUGUAGGUUGGGUUGCUCAAGUCUUGAGGCAGGACUUGUUAUAAGUAGCUGCUCAGGGUGGGUGUAAAGCAACAGGCUCUGGUGUUUUUCUUUUGCCUUAUGUGACUCUGUAAAAUAAAGUGCUUGCAUGCUCACAUGAAGUGCUGAAGACCUGUUCUGGCCUUUGUUUUUUUACCUUCAGCACUGCUUCUGAAAAAGCAAUAAAACUUGAAACGCA